UUUUAAAGUGCAAUUAGUGUUGAAUUUAGCAGUCCAUUAACUUUUCUGUCACUGUUGUUGACUUUCUAGGAGGACUGACUAUAGCCGUAUAGGGAUUAAGUCUACUAGUGAUUCACCUGACAAAGAUCUCUGAUCUAGACUAGAUCUUGAAAUCUAGAUCUACAUUUAGGAAUAUAUAUCAAUAAAGGGUACAAGAAAAUGCGUUUAUAUUUCAUCUUGCUUAUCUUGUUGGUUGUUAUUGUCUGUUUAACCGAGGCCGACAAAAAAAGUAGAAGGCGAAAGAAGCCAAAAAUUGAUGGAUUAGAACUUGAUGUGGAUGACAACAAUAAAGCAAAUGAGAAAGAUGAUGAUGUCAACAGCAAUGACGAUGAAACAAAAGACAUGGAUAAUAGAUCUCGAUAUUCCAAAAAGUACAGGAAAAAUAAAUUCAGCAGGAAAGGCAAGUUUGAUCAGAGGAAUCAAAUGUCAUGGCUAAACAUAAAAAAAGGCUCAGACUGUGAGAUCAAGUGUUCUAGGAAAAGUGUGUGUAUCACUGGACCUAUUGACGACAAACCUAUCUGUGUUAGCAAGAAAGAUUUAAAGAAGAGUUUGAAACUGUUUCAUCGCUAUGAGAAGCAAGAAAUGAAGGCUUCAAAAAAGUUUAAAAAGAAUAAGUAUAAUCAUGCAGAGGCUGAGAAAUACCCUGCCAGUGAUGAGAAAAUAGACGUUGAUGUUUCCACUGAGGUGUCUGAGGUAGACAACGUGAAGCCUGACAUGCAGAAACCUGUCCUGACAGGCAAAGUGAUACCAAAUAGUGAAGAAAAUGAAGCAGCCUGUACUAGCAAGCAGUUUUCCCAAAUGAGGUCUCGGAUGAUGGGCUGGUUCCAUUUGUUACAUGGUCAAGAUAACCAGGCCAGACAAAUGCACGGAGGCAAUAUCAAACACUUUUACAAGCAUGUGUCAGUCAAAAAGGAAUUGAGAGAGUAUGAUGGUCACAAAUGUGAGUGUCUGAAGUCUGCCAUGUGGCAGUUCCAUCAGAUGGAUAAGAAUGUGGAUGACAAGCUGAACUACACAGAGAUGUCAAUCCUCGAAGAGAACAGCAUGGAACCAUGCAUGAAGCUCUACCUUUCAACCUGUGAUCAUGAUGGAGACUCACAUCUGUCAAGCAAUGAGUGGUGCUGCUGUUUUAGUAAUGUUGUUGCUCCUUGUUAUAAAAAAGUUGAUGAAAUCAUGAAAUCAGGAGAACCAGUGACUUUCAAACCACGAUGUGACAGAGAAGGCUAUUACAUGCGAGAACAGUGCACCAAUGAGAAGGAUGGAUCCUAUACCUGUUGGUGUGUGGACUACAACGGGAAUGAAAUCAAAAGCUCUAGAACUCAAGGUCGAGCCCACUGCAGUAAGCUGGCUAUGAAUGGAAGUCCAGCCAUCAAGAAAUCUUGAGCUCAACAUUCAACUGUAACUUGACCUAUGGAUCAAGAUCUUCUUGUUGACAUUUCUUGUGACAUUUCUUUAUUAGAAAUUAUUUUAUUAUUGAUACCAUUUAAAAACAUUGCAAAUAUUUUUGUAUCUAUUCAUAUUUUCAAAAUCUGUUGGCAUUUCAUUCAAGAAACUUUUUAUUUACAUAUUUUGUUUUAGAUACUUCUGUUACUGUAAGAUAAACAUGUGUAGGACGUAAUCAUCUUCUUUUUUGAAGUAACGUCUGUAUUUCAUAAGAUAAGAUAUUAUUGAAAAACAAAAUGGAAUUUAUUAUACACCUCUACUUUUACAUUUAAAUGAUCUCUUAUUGUGAAAAUCAAAUUUGUUGUCAAAUUGGUUGAGUCCUAUUAGAUAAUACAUUUUAUUUUGACGUAGCCAGAGUUAUUUUUCAUUCCAUUGUGAUUGCAAAAUGUUUUCCCUCUAACUUCAUUCCAUAGAAAUAUUUAGUUCAGUGAUCAGGUGAUGAACUAUGCUAUCAUUAGAAUGUAAUUAAGAAUAGGCCAAAAAAAAAAGGGUGAGAAUAUUUUAAAAACAAAAAAAAACAGCUUAAUUUAGUACAAAUAAAAGUUUAGGUGAGACCUGGCAUGAGCAGUGGUUAACAAAAAUGUCAUGUGAUAAAUACAAUGAGAAACUUUACUGACCAGUUCUAAUAACUCCAAAAGUUGAAUGCUUUCUGCUCCUCUAAAAAUGACCCAUGAGAACUGGCUGAAAGUCUGGGUUGAAAUAUCUCAGUUUAUCUAGUUUUAAAAAAUGAGUAGCGGUACUUGGUGGAUAAAUCAAGGCUGCAGAUGAGAACUUCUCUUGCCCUGUUAUAGGGACACCUAGAUCUCAUUGAGAGCUUGACUUAGUUGAACAGGGAGCAUUCAUUGUACAUCUUUUUGUUUUUGCCAACAUCAAGAUUUAGAAUAUGGACUCACAUAGAUGAUUAUAUAUAUAGACACACACAGAAAUGUAACAUUGCUUUAAUCCUCCAUCUUCCAUUGAGUGAUGAAACAUCUCCCCUAAUCACUACUAACACAGCCCAUUACAUAGUAUAACUGAAUUAUUAAUAAUAGUAUAAGUUAUAUUAUUGUUAACUUUUUCUAGUUGUUUCUUGUAUGCCAUAUUUUGCUUACACUAAAGUAAACUGCUAUACAGAGAGAGUUGAUCCUCUCUUGUAUUUAAUUGAUGUCAUCACAUAAGUUUGUUUUCUUAACAUUAAAAAGUAAUAAAAAUUGUUUUUUUUUUAAGUAAACACGAAAAUGUUUAUAUUUGACUUUCACCCAUACAAAAGCAUUAUUGGUGUUUCUGUGUGUUCUCUGUGCUUACUAGUCAUACAAUAGUGCUCUUUGUAUUAGGCAACUCUUGCUAUAGUGUCGGUGGUGUUUGGACUUCAUUGUAGUUCCAGAUGUAUAACACCUUGUUCCUAUAUUGAACAUUGUGCAUAGGUUUUGUGUGUGAUUCAUACUAAAGAAUUUCUUUUUUCUUUGCUUUAAGAAUUGAUUUUUUAAUUCUCAAAUUGUAUUUUUUUGUGAACUAAGACGAUUGAAAUACAUGAGUGAGUUACUAUUUUCUCUAGUUAUUGUAUUUUAAAGAAAGAGUUAAGAAAAGAAUGUAAUAUUGAACUCAAUUUCACACUAGUUUUGAAUGUACAUCAAUGUACUCUCACUCAAAAAACCUAAUCCAAAAAGCUUUUCUUUUCCUUGAUAUUACUCAAAUAGAAAAAUUGUAUCAUUUACAACGAAAGCAAUUAAUUUUUAAUUGUGAACUUGAAUUUGUUUAACUCCUGUUCUGUUCCGCCAUGAUAUUCAAAGCUGUUCAUUAAUGGGAAUGUUUUCCUUGUCCAGAUUUAACUUUUAGCUUGAAGCGUUCUUGUAUAUUUUUUGUUUUUACUUAUUUCUGUGAAUCAAAAACUAGCUGACUCUGUACUUAAAGCUAUUGCUGAAACAAAACCAAUGUUUACUCUUUUAAUGUUAUCUAUUUACACUUCUAUACUCUAUAUAUAUUACUCUUCAUUAAAGAUAGUUUAAUUAAUUUAAAA